AUGCGUUCGUUGAUUGCUUGCACAACUGGCAAGCAGGAAACUGUGUGCUUUACCCAGACAUUAUCUAGAGUCAGCCUCGCAACCACUCUUGAGGUAGGUGCUACUUUUCCCGCUUCAGAGACGGGGAAAAUGGAGCAUGAUGGAAGCGAGGUGACUUGCUUGGAAUCCUUAGCAAGGAAGAUCAGGAGGGCGGGAACUCGGCAGCAGUCCGGGAAUCUGGGACUCCGAAGCCCUUUGGCAGGCAGCAUCUGUCCGGUGGUAUCUUCCCCACGCAUUCUAGAUUCAGGCUCCUGCCGUAAGCAGCCAGGACAGCCGGCUGCACUGACUCCCUCCCCGCCUGCAGGCGUGAAGACCCCUCUGUGGAGGAAGGAGGUGGAGGAGCCCGAGGCCAGGGAGGAGGAGCUGGAGGACGAGACAUUGUCGUCGUCGUCUUCGUCGUCGUCGUCGGAGGUGGAGAGGCCGGACCCCGAGAGCACGGCGGAGGUCGAGGAGGAUGGCGACUCGGGGGAGCGCGAGGCCCGCUCGGUGUCCUACAGCCCUCUGCGCCAGGAACCGAGCAGCCAGCAGGUGGCGCUGCUGCGACGCUCGGACAGCAGCUUCUGGGGCUGGCUCAGCCCGUUCGCGCUUCUGGGUGGCCUUGCGGCCCCCGCGGACAGGAAGCGUGGUGCCCCGGAAGAACCGUGCGUGUUGGAGACGCGACGGCGGCCACCGCGCCGAGGGGGCUGUGCGCGUUGCGAGAUCCUUUUCUGCAAGAAAUGCAAGAGCCUGCAUAGCCACCCAGCUUACAUUGAGCACUGUAUUCUGGAGCACCCUGACCCGGGUAAGGCGGAGGCCGCCGGGAGCUCUGAGCGCAUCCACUCCCAGCCUCUGCGCCCGCAAAGCUCCAAACUCUUCUAUCUCUAGUGCGUUUCACAGAACUGUCCUUUCAAGUCGCCGUCCUUAGCGCCUCCUUCCGGUGAGAAAGCCCACUGUCGGUUCA